AUAGAUGUGAUUUAGCACGAGACAGGCCUUGCACUCUCGAGAGUCACGAUGAAAAGAGUGGAUCAACUGUGGAAUUGAAUUUCAUUUCAGAGCAGAGUACGCUAGCGAUUUAUUCAGGAAUUGGCGUGAUUUGAUCAAUUUCGUUACAUCAAUUUCAAUUCACCCUUUACACCUGAGACAGGCAAGUACAUAGGGUUCUAGGUAAAUAUCCGUCCAUACCAGCCGUAUAUUUAUAUUUGGCGGAAGAAAAAACUUUUGACUCAAUCAUUUACGGCGGGCCUCGUGUAUAUUACAAACUGGAGGAACGCCUCCAUCUUGCACUUUUCUCCGCUCCUGACAUCACCGAGUACAGGCUGUGUAUACGCAUAUAUACUGCAUAUAUCCUGUCGGAGAUGGAUUCGUGACAUAUCUGAAUGGAUCGCGAGGCCUCGGCUCAGCACGGUGAUGGGUGUACCGGGCGGCGGAAGAAAAAAGGAGGAUCGUCGUACCCCCGUCUCGUAUAGGGAAAAUUGAAAACAUAAAAAGGAAAGAGAAAAGAAAGAAGAAGAAGAGUAGCAGUUUCAUCAGCUCAGAGUGCACUCUCUCUACUUUUCCUUUUUUUUUCCUUCUUUCUUUCUUAGUGACUUUUUCUUUUUUCUUAAUAAAUAAAGAUCUUAUCAUCUAAUCUAUCUAAUAAAGAUCUAUUUCAGAUGAUGAGAGUGGGCUUUGUGCAGCCCUUGACGAUGAACCCCGUUGGACUCAUUGCUUCUCUAUUUCUAUCUCUUUCUUAAAAAUUGUGUUUUGCUGUGCUUUAGCCCGGCUGUAGGGCCCAAUGCCGCUGUCUGCGACCCAAAGGCGCCACAAGACAAAUGAUUGAGCACGGGUCUAGUGUUAGAAGGCGACGACGACGACGACUUUGUGCGGUUCCUGAAAUCGUUACGCCGGAGAAAAUUGAGGACUAGGAGCUAUAGGAGCUCUGGCUUGUACAUAAUACCGGGAGAAAAAAAAAACAGGAGCGCUCGACGUCGGCUAUAUAGUCCCGCGCGCACCGCACCAAUUCCUGUUGAUCAAACACGAAGGAGCCUAGAGUCUGAAGGGAGCGAAAAAAAGAAGGAGAGAAAAGCUGGGGGGGUCGCCGCCCGUUCGGAUAACUAACUGCCGACGUCGGGGCGCCAUCACCAAUCGAUCCUGCCGUAGUCUCUACAGCCCCCAAUCUCUGACAAGACGACGAUCGAGCUGCUAGAGCGGUCGAUGAUUCUGACAAGGUGGUGGACAUGGACCAGGAUCGGAACGAGAGUGUGUGUAGUAUACUUGACCCCCCCACCGACACACACGUCAACUUGUUCCCCGUGACAUGGAGUGGCGGGCUCACGAAAAAUAGCGUUGUGGGUGCAUCAUCAUCUGUGUAUCGAUAUCAAAUCAGUCGCGCCAAACGCCGACGAGACACACUGACGUCCAUCUGCAGUCGAUCCCUAUGAAUCGUAUUGACUGCGCUCCCACCACCGGCCAGCGUCAUGUUCAGCCCGAAGAUGCAACGUCCCGUUCGGGUCAACGAGGUGCAGUUACACACGUUGGGAGAACGGGCCCGCUACGACGCCACCAUCGCCGGCGCCCUCUACAAGCGGACAUCGGACGGCUCAAAGUGGCAGCUGAGGUGGUUCACUCUUUAUCAGAAUGUCCUGUUUUACUGGGAGGCGGAAUCUUCGAGUCGGCCAUCCGGUGUCAUCUUCUUGGAGGGGAGCUAUUGCGACCGGGUCAUUUCGGUUUCGGCGGCUGGACACCAACAGGUCAAUCAGCACCAGUCCAAUCAGGGAUCGGGUGGUAAGACUGGAGGAGGCGGCAAAUACCAUCACGGAAGUAGCGGAGUCGGCGGCGGAGGAGGAGGUGGCGGAAGUGUCGUCGGAAGUGGCAGCAGCAUCGAGAAACAGUAUUGCUUCGCCAUCACCUUCCGCAGGGAUAACCAACGGUCCUACGAGCUACGGGCGGAAUCGGAAAGCGAUUGCAAAGCCUGGAUCCAGGCCGUCAAACAAGCCAGUUUCAACAAGCUCCUGGCGCAGAAGGAAGAGCUGGAACAGAAGCAUUUGCACCUGCUGCAGAUUGUGGAGAGCGAGAAGACGGCCAAGUGGCAGUACACGCGCCAGUGCGAGGAAUUGACGGACGAAAUCAAACAACUCAGAACGGAGCAGUUGUGCACGCUCAAAAAGGAGUGGCGUUUAACACCCAGCGCCGCCGGAGGCAGCGGAGGCAUUGGCGGAGCCACGGGUGGCAUCGGAUCCUCUGGUGGCGUCGGAAUGGGACUCGGAAGCCACCGACAGGGAGCCGACGGAGGAUCGCAGAGCGGAAUCGGAUCCGCUGGAAAUGUCGAACUGGACGAUCUCAAGAAAAUCCGCAAAGUUCAAGGCUUCUUCCGCGGAUGGCUGUGCCGCCAUCGAUGGAAAGUCAUCGUCGAGGAAUACAUUAAAUCGCCUCACGCCGAGAGCAUGCGCAAGAGGAACAGUUUGGUGUUCCGAAUGCUGGAAGACGAGGAGGAGAACGUCCAGCAAUUAGAGAUCCUAGUGGCCCGUUUCUAUCGACCCUUCAAAAUGGCUGCCAGCUCCAAAAAGCCGCCGUGUUCUCACGAGGAUAUCAGCUCCAUCUUCCUCAACUCUGAAACGAUCCUCUUUCUCCACCAGAUUUUCUACAAAGGUCUACAAGCUCGCAUGAAUAACUGGCCCACUCUGGUUCUCGGUGAUUUGUUCGACGUCCUGCUGCCGAUGCUCAACAUCUACCAGGAAUACGUCCGCAACCACCACUUCUCGCUGCAGAUCCUGACCGAGUGCAAACAGAAUCCGCAGUUCUCCAGCGUCCUUUCACGGCUCGAGGAGCACUCUGCCUGCAAAGGUCGAUCUCUCGAAACCUUCCUCACUUAUCCAAUGCAUCAGAUCCCGCGUUACAUUAUCACGCUGCACGAAAUCCUGGCCCACACGCCGCACGAGCACGUCGAGCGCCGCAGUCUGGAGAACGCCCGCGUCCAGCUCGAGCAUCUCUCUCGCCAAAUGCACGACGAAGUUAGCGAGACGGAGAACAUUCGCAAAUGUUUGGCCAUCGAGCGGAUGAUUGUCGAGGGCUGUGACAUCUUGAUGGACGUCACUCAAGUCUUUGUCCGUCAGGGGAGUUUGCUGCACAUCGUCAAAGAGAAGGCCCGCUCUCAAAAGGGCCGCCUCAGUCUGUCCAGCCGGAGGGGAAGCGUCGGCACGGGAGUGGGCGGCGAACGCGGAGAAGUCCGCCAGUGCUUCCUCUUUUCCAACACGCUCAUUAUCGCCACGAGGACGUCGGACGGAAAGCUGCACCUUUUGCCGGAAAUCGGAAAGAUUCCUUUUGUGGACGCCACUUUGAUUGAGGACCCGACCGAAACGAGUAGCUGCGACGACGAUGACGAGAGUCUUUGCUCGACGUCGAGUCAGACGUCGAGCGAGAUGAGUGACAGCAGCGCCACGGCGGAUAGGUCUUCACGUCAACAGCAUUCCGGCACAAACUAUCACGGACUUGAUUUCCAGUUGAUUGUCGAAAACAAGUCGGGCAACGGACCCGGCAAAGUCGUUCACCUGGUGGCGCCGUCAAUGCAGGACAAAGCGGCCUGGAUCUCCGACAUUAGUCAGUGUAUCGACAACGUCCAUUUCAACGACUUUGUGCACAGUUCCAUCUCGGACGCCUCGUCCGUGACUCAUCCGCACUCGGUGCGCAACGACCCGCGUCUCUUCAACGACGACAUCGACAUUCGAUUCAGCCGCACCCUCAACUCGUGCAAAGUGCCGCAAAUUCGCUACGCCACACCGGAAAGACUGCUGGAACGUCUUACGGACUUGCGCUUCCUCUCCAUCGAUUUCCUCAACACUUUCCUGCUGACUUAUCGCGUUUUCACCGAUGGCGUCACCGUACUCGACGCUCUCAAGAAAGUCUUUUACGCUUCGUCGACGGUCGAGCCUGCGCAGCACGACAACGCCCGUUGCUCCAUUAGUUCAAUUGAAUUCGGAGGCGUGCCUUGCCAACUGGAUCAGAGCGUCCUCUAUCCGACGUACAAGAGUGUUCUCGGAUCGCCCGCCAGGCGUAUUAGCGGCGGAAGCGCCGUCUCAGGAAGUCCGAAAGCCAGUCCGCGCAACAGCCCGUUCACCAGCCCGCGUGGAAGCAAUCAAUGGAGUAGCCGUCCUUCCGUUGGCGACGUCUCCGUCAGCCGUCGUGGAAGCCGUUUCGACGGAGUCGAAAUCCGUGAAACGCCUAAUGAGGAAGAGGCCGAAAUGGAGAAAUCCGCUGCUAAUACCGGCCCAAGCCAAGGAAUUCAAGGCAUCAAGGAGCGCAUCAAACAACAACACUUGACGAUCCCCAAUAAAGGCAUGGAAUUGUCAUCCAGCGCUGAAACUCUUUCUGAAAAUAAUUGCAGUAGCUCCACAUCGACGCUGGUUGCCCUCAGCAGUAGUACGCAAACACUGACAUCCUUCAGUGUCAGUGGUUCCAACGAGGGAAAUCCAACAACAAUAGCAUCUACCCAUGUUGUCUCGGUUUCGGAUCACCAAGGAUCGAAAACAAGUCACGAAUAUCAACUGGAAAUCCCGACUACUGUCACACCCCAUCCUGUGCCAUCGUUCACAACCUCCACCCAUCAGGCCACCAUCUCCAGAAGAGAAUCCAUGAUAACGGGACCAUCGCUGGAUAUGGAAGUAAUGGACGAUCUGCUGAUGUCAGAGCCUAGACCGGGCACCCAAUCGUCUGGUUAUAGCGGCGUGGGUAGUGGCCGUAGUGGCAGCUCUGCCGGCCAGCAUCCGCCUCAUCCGUCGCAACAGCAACGUGUCAGCAUCGGUAGCAGUUACUACGGGGCUGGCAGUCGCUAUGGUGACGGAACUACGUCCACUGUAACUUCAUCCGCCCGACAGUCCACCUCCUACACGACUCAGUUUGACUCCAUCAGAGUCGGCGCUGGAGUCGUCGUCACCUCUCAUCGCCAAUCACAGCGCAGGAGUAGUACCUCGUCAGCUGCAGCCGCAUUCGCCGUGGCCACGGCAGGAUCAAGUAAUCCGCGCGAUUAUUCCCUGCCAACUGGCCCAUCACGGACGGGCCCCGGAAGCAUUUUAGGGGGUGGUUCAGUGGGCGCCGGAGGAACAAGGUCUCAGACUUAUUGCAGCAUCAACUUGCCGUCUAGCGAUCCUCGUGGUAGUUUCGGCGGGGCCGUCCAGCAGCAACCGUCCAGUAGCGAAAGUGGAACCGGUGGGGGCAGCGGCCCAGGAACCGGAGGUCAAGUUUUUCGUGACCGGAAGGAAAGCAUCAUGUCUUCAGCGGCUACUAUGCGUGUAUUAAGCGUCUUGCGCCACUGGAUCUCCAAGCAUCGAGACGAUUUCGAGUCAUCCACAUCCGGCGAUUUACGACUCAAGAACCUGACGAUUGAAUUCUUGGAGGAUGUCCUCUCUUCGCCCCAAUUGCUGCCGGCCGAGCACAAGGCCGCCUCCCAACUUUUGCAGUUGCUCACUAGAGACGAUCCAUCGCACACAAAGAUCGAUCUCGGCAUCUUGUUAGCUCAACCUGUGAUUCAAAGUCGUGAAAACAUAGAGACUCUCUCAGCUCUAGAGAUUGCCGAACAAAUGACCGUUCUGGAUCAUGCCAUUUUAGCGUCCAUCAAGAGCGAAGAGUUGUUGGGUCAGGCGUGGAUGAAGCCGGACAAGCUUUUCAGAGCCCCGCAUAUCAUUCUAAUUACUAAACGUUUCAACGAGGUUUCGCGAUUGGUAGCGUCGGAAGUUAUCCGCCGGCCGAAUUUAGCCGCCCGCAUCGCUGUGAUUGAAAAAUGGACAGCUGUAGCCGACAUUUGCCGUUGUCUUCACAAUUUCAACGGAGUACUUCAAAUUUGUUCCGCGUUCACCAACAGCGGCGUCUUUCGGCUCAAGAAAACCUGGGAGAAACUUUCCAAAACGACGAGACAGACGAUUGACAAACUUCAAAGUAUCGUCUCGACGGACGGGAGAUUUCGAAACCUUCGUGAUGCUUUGCAUCGUUGCGAUCCACCGUGUAUCCCUUAUCUUGGCAUGUACCUGACCGACUUGUCGUUCAUCGAGGAAGGUACUCCCGAUUUCACAGAGGACGGCUUGCUCAACUUCUCCAAAAUGAGAAUGGUGGCUCAUGUCAUCCGUGAAAUAAGGCACUUCCAAUCGACUAGCUACAAGAUCGAGCACUCUUCCAAAGUCAACAGCUAUUUGUUGGAUGUCAACAAUCUAGUUGACGAUGAAGAUCUGUAUCAAAUGUCGCUAGAAAUUGAGCCUCGAACGUCCCGAUUGGGAUCGAUUAGCCAUCAGGUCGGUUCUUGUCUCUUGUCGACCUUAUCACCAGCGGCCGUAGUGAGCACCACAGGUGGCGGCGGCGGCAGCGGAAGCCCAACCCAGUGAUUUCUCUUCAUUACAUCAAACCAAGUGUUAUUAAAAACCAAAAAAAAAAAAAAACUUAUUAUGUUCUACAAUUCAAAUUUUAUCUUCCGGUUUUUGCUGUCGGAUAUUCUAUAUCAAUGUUAUUAUUCCUCCUUUGUCUCCUCAUUCCAUCACUUUUUCUCGCUCCUUUUUUUCAUUUUAUUGAUUCUAUAAUUCAAUAAUUCACUCUUACGAUAACCUAUUUUCUAACCAUAUGUUUUCCAAUAAUUCCACUCUACAAAUCGUAUACUGCAAUGAUAUCUAUUUUGAAAAACAAAAACGUCGACAAUUUUGAUGUUUCAUCUAGUUGCCAUUUCAUCAUCUGUUCAUAAGUGUCUUCCCGCCGUUCGAUUCCAGUCAUAAUUUCCGAAAUAUCAAAGUUUAUUGGCAUUUAUUUGUUUCAAUACAUCUAUUUCUUUUCCGUGUUA